AUGAAUCCUAGAUUCUUCGAUUCAACAUCCAAUAUCGUACCUUGGUGUCAAAAUAAUAAUCUGUCAACAAGAGUACCGAAAAUAAAUUCUAACAUUCUACUAAUAUGUCCUCAAAAAAAGUCUGUUGAACAAAUAAAUUGUGUACGUGAACCGAUUAUAUCCGUACAAGAACAACGACAAACUAGAGAAAAAAUUCUACCUAGUAUCAACUGUAAAUCAAAAUAUAUAGAUAAAUGUUAUGCAGAAUAUAAUAUAAAUGGUCUUCGACAAGGAUUCGGUCUAUUAAAAGAUAUUCGAUAUGAAAAACUAGAACCCGGUAAACCAUCAGUAGUCAUUCAUUCAUCAACACUUGAAAAAAAUGUAACUGAUACUUCGAUAUCAACAAAUUAUGCGCUCAAAGAACUUGCGAAUAUAGAAUUAAGAAAACGUUUUGCUAUUGUUCAUACAGAAAAAUAUAUUUAUAUUGUUGGAGUUGGUGGAAAUGAUAUUGAUAAUAGACCAUUAAGUGAUUGUUAUUGUUUAAAGAUAAGAAAUUCGAAUGAAACAUGGAUAAAAUUACCUAGUCUACCAGCACCUACAACUGGACCAGGUGUUGGUGCACAUAAUGGUGUAUUACAUUGCAUUGGAGGAUAUGAUGUUCUUGGUAAUCGAUCAAUAGCUCACGGUGAAUAUCUUAUACUUCAUUAUCCACAAGAUAAACAAUGGCAAUAUGCACCUGAAUUAAAUAUUGUUCGUGUACGACCAUUAGUUUUUAUUGAUCCAAAUGAUACAAUUAAUGGACAUAAUGUUUACGUUGCUGGUGGUUUUAAUAUCAAUUCACAUACUCAUAAACCAUAUAUUGUAUCUGAUUUACAAUUAUUUAAACAAGUUACGCAAUCUUGGCAACAAUUAACAACAAUUCCAAACUUAGAAUUAUCACAUGAAUUAUCAUUUGAUGAUCAUAAAUUACAUGUUAGUGAAACAAUUGAAUUACCUGAUCAAAUACCAACAAUAAAUCAUUUAUAUAGUUUUGAUCUUCGAAAAUUUAGUUGGAUAAAUACAACAAAUGAUACAGAUGAUAAUAGAAAAAUCAAUACACGAAAUUCUACACGAACAACUCCAUCAUCAACUUCACCAUUUUUUCUUUCACCAGAUAGAAAUAAAAAGAAAGAUGUUAAAACUAAACAAAAUAGUCAGGUUAUAUAUCUCAUCUAG